AUAAUGUUACAGCGAUAGCAUGGAACCCUAAAGGAAAUGGUGUGUUGGCGUAUUGCGAUGUGUCCGGGCAGCUGGGUGCACUGAUGAAUUGCUAUGGCAAGGACAGCAAGGCUGAUGCUGAUGCGCCUGACGAUGUUGAAAUGGUGGAGAGAGCUGAUGAUGGUAAUGACUUGGACAAUUUGAUCGAAAACUAUAACAGUGACGACGAUGACAACGCGAUAUCGCUAGAGAAGCUCAAGAAUGAAACGCUAGGGUUGGGGACAGUGAGAGACGAAGACGAGUCAAGACCCGUGUCGCGGCACGAGCCGGCGGCGACCACGGUGCCGCCGCAGGCGCCGUUCCAGCUUUCUGCGACCCCGGGACACCUUGAACAUAGAUACAUGUGCUGGAACGACAUCGGCAUAGUCCGAUGCCACACGCAGGAGAACGGCGAGUCGACCAUCGACGUAGAGUUCCACGACACCAACCUCCACCACGGGAUCAAUCUCAACAACUACCUGAAUCACACCAUGGCCAGCCUGUCUGCGAGCGUGCUGGUGUUGGCCUGUGAAACGUCUAGCAAACUAGUAUGCAUAUCGCUGGUCGGCAGCAGCAAGGAGUGGAGCGUUUCCAUGCCCGAUACCGAGGAGAUCCUGUGCGUCACGGCGGGCAGCGACGUCGUCGCGUGUGCGACUAACGCGAGGUUGCUGCGGCUGUUCACGCCAAUGGGCACGCAGAGACAGAUGAUGCUUCGACUUCAAGGGUAAAAACGAAUAAAACCACAGAUUGUAUACGAGGAACACCGCCAAAAUAUGGCUACAGCAACAUAGAAAUGACUCCACGAAAAAAAAAACUUGUAAAAAAGUUGCAGCGAACACAGUGUUUGUUAUCAUCACUCUCAAAAACAUCCGUCGAUUUGGACAAAUUAGAUUCCGAUUUUCUGAAAAAUGUUGUAUCAGACUCUCUGAAAAAUCAAGCCCGGAAACCUAGAGGCAAGCGAUGGAAUUUAAUUAACAAAAUUUCUGCUUUACAAAUUUUUAAGAGGUCACCCAAGACAUACCGUUUUCUGCAGCAUAUAAUGCCUUUGCCCAGUGUUCGAACAAUUCAACGCUUACUUAAAGCUGUAGA